AGGUACAGUUGUGUUACCAGCGGAUUGUUGAGUUGUUCGCUUUCAGUUAUUGAGUUGGAGUGGAGUAGAGCAGAGCAGAGGACAACGGUUUUUUUGGUGACUUAGGCCAAAAAUCAACGCGUUUGUUCCGUGUGCAACGAACACAACGAACGAAACCGCAACCGAAACCAUGCCCAUUCACUGGGACUGGGAUUGGGAGCACGAGCACGAGCAUGGCGGAGCUCACUAUCACUGGCCGCCGCGGCGUCACUGGUCCACUGGUGAGCCCAAGUGCCGCCAGCGUAGAUACUAUCUCUCCCACGAGCUGGACGUGUGUGCCAGGGACUUCCAUUUGCGUAUGGACGACACAGCCUGGUGCCACGGCUCGUGUCUGGUUGGCCGUGUGGUCAUCGAAACGGGCACUGAGCCGGAUUCCCUCGGUCGUGGCACAUUCAAGGUGGUCCUGGAUGUCCAUCAUUUUCAGCUCAACGAGCUGAUGGUGAAGGCCAAGAACAGUGACACCAUCUGUGUGGAGGGCAAGCAGUCCGAUGAUCGCGCCGAAAAGGGACAACUGUGCAUAACCCGAGAAUUUUCACGGGCCUACAAGCUGCCGCGGCACUACGACGCCACCCAGGCAAGGGCCACGUUCUCUGCCGAUGGCAUACUCAUGGUCACGGUGCCAGCACCACCGAAACUGGACGAUGUGGAGCGUGUGGUGGACAUUGAGCCCACUGGCAAUUACUUUGGCAGCAUUGCGGAUCCCAGUGCGGCCAAGGCUAUUGAGCAGGCAGAAGCAGAAGCAGCUGCUGCGGCAGCUGCUAAUGAUGAUGGUGGCGAGGCGAAUCCUGCUGGCACAGCGACGGACAAAUGAAGCUGGCGACGUCUGGCGGUUGCGCGUGGCAAUCUCCGCAAAUGGAAACAAUUCUUUGGACUUUCGGCUUUUCGUGGCAAGCCGCGUAAACGCGUUUAGGCCGUCAGAGGCAGUUGGUUGGCUGGAAUGAGGCAACAACAUAGAGUAUGAGGAAAAGCAUUGAGGGGCAUCCCAAGACAAAACGAAAUCACACCACAGCCGCACUCGCACCACAAUGGAGUACUCCUUCGAAAUUUUAGAUCAACAAUCUAGUAAAAUGAUUCAAUAACUAGUUCAAUUGUUCGUUACGUUCUUGUUAACACUUAGUGCAAUUGUUUUUUAAACGUUAUCAAAUAUGGCUACCAUCUAAUAACUAUCUAUAACUACAACUUUAACUCUAAGGACUUGCUGUAUGUGUUUGUGAUUUUGCUUAAUGCCAAUAAAGGACUUUAUCAUGA